UUUUAAAACGUUGUCUAAAAAAGUAACUGGAAUGUGUCUAAAGGGGGGUUUAAACGACCUUUGGAGCCUUUACAAACACGCACCCUUAUGUCUGUGUAAGGUAUAACGUUAGCAUUCAGCAUUAUAUUUGCAUUGUUUUUAACGGAUAUUUGGAAUGCUUUCGUCUUUCAUCCACAUGUUAAACUAGUUGGUGAGUUAGAUUUAAGCGUAGGUUUAGUAGGCUAACAAACGCCGACUAUGUUUAUUAUUCACAGUAGCGUUUUAACUCCGCGGGCUUGGGGGGCCCCUGCUGGCCACAAGCGGUUAACUUCUUUAAUGAUUUCUGUUGACAUCAUUUAUUAACAUGCGACCCAUAUACAAAAAAUCAAGCAGACAAGGGACAAAAAGAAGACUCUUGCUUAAGUGCCUCCAGGAUAAACGUCUGAAUUGAUCUGAUCGGAGUUAAUCAUGUGGAAUCCUGCAAGGUCCCGCCUUUUUGCACUCCAUGUUCGGACCUAUGCAAACGUUGGUCGAACUGCAUCUCAAUCAUUACCCUCAGCGCCACAUCAUAUGAAAACGACGUCGGGUUUCAGCUCCGCUCUGCGUUAUUUAGCGCCUUUAUCAAGUUCAUUCCAGUUCAACAGCCACAGUGCAGAUAAGAGCAAACAUCAGAGUGCAAGGUCUAUGAGCACUGAGAUGGGGAAAAGUCCAAUACUGUCUGUACAGCCCAGUCGAGGUCUGGUGGACGAGAUGUUUCAGAUUGUCAUAAUGAAUUUAUUGCCAAAUCAGGAGGUGACGCUGCACUCUUUACAUCAGUCAGAAGAUAAGGAUUUCUGGGAGGCAUUUGGACACUACAUCAGUGAUGAACAUGGAACAGUGACAGUGUCCAAAGAUGAAAGUUUGGGAGGCACUUAUGAAGGGACAGAGCCGAUGGGGUUGCUGUGGAGCAUGAGGCCUGUACCAGGAAGUCGAAGUGGACUCAGGUUGCGCAAGAAGGAUGUGCUUUCACCAAUGGUGGUUCACAUUUCCUUAUACAGUGGUCAUCUAUCUGAAGGUUUCAGACAGCAAACAGCUUUGGCAACAAGUGUCACAGAACGCUGGUAUAUAGCACCAGGUGUGCAGAGGGUGGAUGUUAGAGAAAAAGGAGUUCGAGGAACAUUAUUUCUUCCUCCAGGCCCAGGACCUUACCCAGGAGUGAUGGACUUGUGGGGAGGAGGUGGUGGUUUGGUCGAGUAUCGCUCAGCCCUGCUUGCAUCUCAUGGUUUUGCCUCAAUGGCACUAGAGUACAUGAAUCCUAAUGAGCAGAAAACAACAGAUAUUGAUGCGUCUUACUUUAAGGAAGCAUAUAAGAUCCUCCAGAAUCACCCAAAGGUACAAAAGGAUCGACUGGCUAUGCUUGGAUUAUGUUUUGGAGGCUCAGUUGCACUCAACUUGGUGGCCUACUCCAAAAUCGUCAAGCCCCAGUGCUGUGUGUGCAUUAGUUCGAGUCAUUUCAUUCCUUUUGAGAAAUCUCUCUUUGAAAUAUUUGAGGAGAUGAAAAGAAAUGUGCAUGAAAUGCGUGUGAAUGGGGAUAACCAGUUCAUCAACAUAAACUUUAUCCCGUCGAUUCCCUCAGACCUGACUCUCAAAGUGGACGUUGGGAAAAUAAAGUGUCCCCUUCUGUUGGUGAAUGGUGGUGAUGAUAAAAACUGUCCUUCCGUUGAAUCUGCUGAAGAUAUGAAAGAGAUUAUGAAGAAUGCAGGAAAUCUUCACUUGUUGGAAGUCUUGACCUAUCCUGGUGCGGGUCAUCUGAUUGAACCUCCUUAUACACCUCACAUCCAUGCAAGCAACUUCAUCUUUCAAGGCGGUGACAAAGUUCUCAUGGUAUGGGGUGGACAGACAAAACCGCACGCUAACGCACAAGAGGAUGCUUGGAAAAAGAUUUUGGCAUUUCUGCAGAAGCACCUCUAUUUAAGUUCAAAUGGUGCAGUUAAAGCCAGACUUUAGUGGGCAGUUUCCAGGACAGGGCUUAUCCUAGUCCCAGACUAAAAUGCAUGUUUGAGCUGCCUUCAUUUAAAAACAUCUUGCACUGACAUAUCUUAACAUAUAUCAGUGUCAUUGUUUUUUUUCAAGAUACACACCAGUAAUAUUUUUUGUUUGUAAAACCUAUGUAAAUGUCCUAAUAUAACUAAGGUCUAGUCCUGGAUUAAUCUAAACCCUGUCUGGGAAACUCCCACUACAUGUUUCAUUACAACAGUGAUAAAUACCGUAUCUCCAUAUGGACAGUAAUGUUAUUUAAGAUUUUGAGCACUAUGAUUUUAAUUAAAAUAUGUUAUCACUACCGCUGUCCAAUAUUAACUCAUCAAUGCACAAAGCAAAUUUACUUCAUUUACAGCUGUCAAUGCAUUUCAUAUAUAAUUUUUGAGCUAACCGGAAUUGAUUGGAGCUGCAUCAUGCAUACACAAACAUACACAUACAUGCACACACAAUGGCGUAUGUCAGUAGUAGAUCUCAAACAUUUAACACAAGUUUAUCAAAGUAAUUUGCAUUAUUUGUAUAGUGAAAGUCAGUGUUUAUAAUGACCAUGUUACUUGUUUGAGACAUGCACCGUGUCUGUAUUAUUGUUUUCUACUUUGCUGCCAUUGUAUGUAUAUUACAGUAUAUAAUAGUU